AUGUCUGAACUUUUCGCAAUCAUGACGGGGGACGCCAUGCCGCCCAAGAAGCGCGCCAAGCGCACGCUCAAGCCCGCACCUGCACCCCCCACCCUCCUCGACGACUGCAUCGCCGCGGUCCAGGCCGUGCCGGACGCAGACCUGCCCGCACUGCUGUCGCUCAUCAAAGCCCGCGGCGAACCGAGCCCCCCGGAGCCGGCGUUCGACGCGCAGCUCGAUCCAAGCGCCAUCCGCGCCGCGCUGUACCCGCACGUGCACGUCUGCGUGCGCGAGAACAACGGCAACUGGCAUGGAUGCUGCGACGCCACCGGCGCAGAGUGCUCAAGUUUUUACCAGACGGGGCACGGGCUCCUGCAGCGGGUGUACGACACCGGCGUGCGCGACCUGCGCGCGUUCGGGCGGUGCCACGCCGCGCUGGUCGCGCUGGCGGACCUGACGCAGGAGCUGGAAGAGAUCGACAUGCGUCAGAAAGCGCAGGUGUCCUGGGAGGCCGAGCAGGCGGUCCUGCAGUCCGCGCGCGACUGUGGUACGCUGAGGCGCAGUAGCUUCCUGGACAGGAUUCGUUUCGUGUGGCGCUGCCUGUUGCGUGCUGCUGUUGCUGCCGAGGGCGGCGUGGACGACCUGCCGCCGUACCUGUGCCGGUUCGAGGCGGGAGGCGACGCGGGGCCGCUGGAUCAGAUGGUCGCGGACGCCAGGGCUCACGGCGUCGACGUGCUGAACGAGGCACCGAGCAACCACCAAUGGGAGGGGUGUUUCCCGCAUCACAGUGAGCGGACCGCGAAGCUCUUGUUGCUUCUGUCGGAGCGGAGGACGAAGGCCGACGCCGCGGAGAGCGCGAACGCGGAGCGGCUGCGAAAGCUGCGCUUUCCGGUGCUGCGCGCGAAGGUCAUAGGCGACAUGAAGCCGUUCUCUGAGCCAGUGCCGCCCGACCUCAUCCCUGACGAGGCGUUGCGCGUGGGCGCUUGCAAGCUGCCUGCUGUGGUGGACAGCGGCGCGUGGAAAUCCGUGGCCGCGAACUACACGUGCUGGAAGAACUUCCACCCCGCGUGCGAGGCCGGGUUCGACAGCGACGCGCAGGCCGAUACGGACUCGGAGCCGGAGAGCGGCACCGUGGCUCAGCGCCUGGAGUUCGGUCGCAACGGCAACGACGCGCGCGGCAAGCGCCAGGCCUCGCCAGACAUAUAG